GUCCGGACAUUGGCUGCUUUCCUCAGACUCUCCAAGGAGGCAGAGAUGGAAACAGAAUGAACCUGGCAGGGAGCUGUUUCAAAGGAAAAUGCCUCUUGGGUGUCGUUACCCACUGGCAUCAAUAUCAGAACCGAGUAUUUUGGAGAAUGAAGCAGAGACUUCCAAUUUUUUCUCGAUGCUUGGAGGAUUAUGGACCUUGGCUGUGAAGGUUUGGAUAGCUACCUGCUUCUUUAUUUCUCUCCCCUCCCUCUGCUAUAGUCAGCCCUUUAUUUCCGUCACGUCUUAUAUUAUUAUUAUUUUCUAGGAAGAAGGGUCAGCCGGGCUUUGGCACCGACGUUGAAGAUGUUUUUGCGUCGUGCUUCGCCUCCGUUGGACGCAGGUGCGUUUAGAUUCCCAAACCUGUGGCCGCGCGCUCCUCAAACACUGCGCUGUGAGAUCCGUGCGUCUUUGCUCCAUUGCGCAUGCUCAGUGUGAGAUCCAGAAUGCUGCCCCGACGCGUCUGCGCUGCGUCCUGGCCGCGAUGUAGCAGCAGCAGCAGCAGCUUUGGGAAGUGGAGAGGAGCAGAGGACUGAAUGAGGGGGGAAAUAAACAUGCGCGCUGGGACAAAGUGGCUUCAUCAAAGGAUUUGAGCCGAGAUAGAAAACAGUGGCACUAAGUGAAGAAUGUCAGGGGCACCACAUGCGGAGGCUGAAGGAGUAGUCUCCAAAGUAAAAGUGAAAAAGGAGAUCAAGACAAUCGUGGAGAAUUUGGAAACCAUUCUGGGAGACCUUAAGGAUGUGGCAAAGGAGCUGAAAGAGGUUGUCCAUGACAUUGACACCCUGACCGGUGACUUGCAGUUGGAGGAGGACGGACUGACCGAUAGCUCCAAGACCGACACGCUUAACUCCAGCUCCAGCUCCACCACUACCACAACAACUGCGUCCAGCCUGGAGAAAAUGAAGCUGUUCCCAGAGGACUGCAUCUUCAAAACACAGGUGCCCAUGAGUCCGGUACAGCUCCAUCAACCGGCAGUUCUGACAGUGCUCAAGAAAUCCCACCCUCCCCUGCCACCGCCGAGGCAUACCACACUGAGAGCUGAGGAACACAACAUAAAGAAUCUGCCUCAUCCGACUUUGGUCUUAUCAGGGAAUAUGUCAAAGGCUAACGGGUCUUCGCUGAGGAACGGCGGGGUUUUCCCAUUAAAACCAAACAAGGAUUUAUUCUCCUCUACUCCCUGCUUCAUUUCUGGCGAGAGCGAGAUGCAAGAAACUGGUCUGGUUCCUACGCUGCCAAGGCCAAUGCCGCUUCUCCGGCAUGAGAAAAACAAAUGCCCCAAGGCCCCAGGAAGAGAACACCGCGAGAGAGAGCGGGUUCGUUUCAGCGAGAAGGUCCAGUAUCAUGGUUACUGCCCAGACUGUGAUCUCCAGUACGAUGUGGACGAUGCAGAACUGGACUUACAGGCCGAGCUGAGUGACUUAAGGCUAAGCCCGGUGCAUUGCUGCUCUUCCUCCCCUUCUCCUCCUUCCUCUCACACACUCCCUCAUGCACUAAUGUUGGAAAACGGGGGUCUUUCAGUCAGCCACAGUUUCCCCCCGACAGCACACACUCCCCCACCUUGUGUGCCUCCAUACACACCUUCCCUUAAGCCCCAUAAAACAAUCCUUCGUAAAUCAACCACCACCACUGUUUGACCCCCCCUAUUAGGUCUCAAUUUAAACAUUGUUGGAUAAAAAAAUCCUAGUGCUUUCUACUUCAGCUGAACUUCGGAUUAUUCAAGCAAAGAGAGAGGAGGGGUCUGAAGACCGAAAACAAAGUCGAUAAAGAGAAAGGCGAGCAGGACAUCACAGCGAGAUGUGAAACGGCAACAUCAUGGAGGCACUGACACCUAAGCACAGAAGCAGUCGGAGGUUUGAACACACCACAACCUACGCAUGAAUCUUGCAGCCACUUCAGGCUUGUGAUGAAUUGCUUUUGGUGUUCUUCUUUCAGGGCCCAUUGAGAUCGUUGAGCUCAGAGAGGAGUGGAUGCCGGCUUCACACACUAAUCGACCCGAGUUGAUCAGGGAGGAAGAAGCCUGAGCUGAAGCCAAGCGUCAGCCUUCUAGGGCUUGAAAGUGCUAAUGGCUCUGAACUGACAGGAGACAAUAUCCUCCUCUGAACAUGAAACAACCUUUAGGUGGCAGCUGUGCAGUUGGAAAUGACGUAACUAUCAAAAACGAGGCAAAGCAAGAAGACCGGCCACUGCUAAUGAUGUGUUUGUUCAUUGGAUUAAAGGUCAGAAUGCUGCCAAAACCCAUCAAAAGUAAUGGAGUAAUUCUGGAUAAAAAAGAACAAGACAAAGGAUGAACUGAUGUCAGUCAAUGUUUGAUUGAUAUCUGGAGAUUUUUGCUCCGUUCAAACUGAGAUGGAAAUCAAUAGCUCCACUCAACCGAUGAAAUUUGCCUUUUGAGAAUGGUAAAUGUGUGCAGAUUGCCCCACAGGCCCGCCUUCAUACGACAAGGAUAAAAUAGUAUUUUAGAAUAUCCCAACCAUGGACUGUUUCUGUUGCCACCAAUGCUUGGAAAUGAACAGUGGUCUGGUCACUGAUCUAUGUCUAGCUGUCAAAGUUCAUUGUUGAUGUAUUUGCUCAACCGGUGCCAUGCAUCCACACAUACUCCAGAGUUACAAAGCAGAAAGAUUCAGUCCAUGUGGGCAAACCUAUAGCUUUAGGGGAUUGCUGGGGAGGUGAUAAUUUGCAUCAAAUUUUAUUUGUAUACAAAUAAACAUAUACAUGUUUGAUAUCUAUAUAUUUCAGGCAUUUUUUUCUACAGAGACUUUUAACAUGAAAAAAAAAGAUAUUUUUGUAUUAUGUUGGACAGAGGUUUAUAGACUAAAUAUGACAUUUCCUCACCUGGUUCUUUUUCCAGAAGGGCAAAAGUAGAAAAUGCAGGAAUGUGUAUGGAUAAAUACUCAUAAUUAGUCUGUUUUGUUUGUUUUUAAGAAAAGGAAAAAUAAAAUGGAGAAGAAAAGCGUCAUAGACCAAAUAAAUGCUGUGCUUUUGGUGAGGUUGAGGUGAAUGAAUGCAUUACUUCACUUUGUUCUGCCAUCAUUGCAUUGUUCUAUGCAUUUCUAUGGAGGGGGGUGUCUACAGAUGAAUCCAUGAGGCAGUUCUUUCAAUAUUUCAGAAAUAUUCUUCUCCCUUUCCUCUUAAUGUAUCAAAUCUGGUUCAUUUCUCACUCUCUAAAUUAAAAUCAGGUCAUAAUUGUAGGUGUUACUGAUGAGUGUGGUACUUGGGAAACAAUAAUACAGUGCCUUGCAAAAGUAUUCGCUUUUUUCAGAUUGCCACCACAAACAUCAGUGUAUUUCAACUGAAUUUUGUGUGACAGACAGGCUGCAAUGAUUUUGCAUGUGGGAGGAAAAUAACCUCUAGUUUUAAAUGUUUUUGCAUUGGAAUUUAUUGAGGUGCAUCAGAAUCAAGGGGAAAAAAUAUAAUGAAAAACAUAAUUAGUUAAUGAUUAUGGCUUCAACACGAUAAAAUGGAAAAUGAAGAAUGAUGUGAAUACUUUGGUAAGGUUCCGUGUAAUAAUUGGUAGUCUGCUGUUAAGCACAAGGCUUAAAUUCAAAGCCCGAUUAGAGAAUCAAAAUAAGAAUACAAAAACAAGAAUGGGGUGAUUCAGAAUCAACUCUGCUCCUCUCAUUGGACAGAGAAACUGAAUUCAUGUUGAUUUGAAAAGAAAGCUGUCAGUGAAGUUUUUCCUGUGUUAACAAACUCUUUGAAACUAACUUGUGAGAA